AUGCCGCGGGAUGCGUCCUCUUCAGUCAGAGCUGUGGUGCGCGUCCGCCCCCUUCUACAGCAAGAGCUUGAAGCCGGGCACGAGAAUUGCUGCCAGGCCUCCGGUGACCGGUCGAUCCUGGUAAGGGUGGGCGCGGCGAACCAGUUUCGAAAGUAUUCCUUCGACGCAUGUCUUCCCGAAGACCGAUCGCAGAAACAGGUUUUCCAAGAGAGUGGUGUGACCUGCCUGCUCGACGCAGCAGUUGCUGGAUAUGCUGCCACCGUCCUGGCGUAUGGCCAAACUGGCAGUGGCAAGACGUACACUAUGAUGGGUCGGUCCAGCGCCGGCGACCGUACAUCCGACUGUGGGGACGAGGUCAAGCGCAACGAUGGCCUGGUCAUACGAGCAGCUCGUCGACUCUUCCGGCAGAUAGGUGAAAGCACCGGAGGCUCCAGAAUCACGGUUGGAGCCUCCUUUGCAGAGAUUUUCAAUGCACCUGGCGCUGUCAAUGAGUGCAUCUGUGACUUGCUGAAUCCAGACGCCGGGCAUCUGCAGGUGCGCUUCAGUCAGAAGCAUGGCUUCUUCAUCAGCGAUUUGGCCGUGGCUGAGUGCCGCACUCUGGCAGACGUUCGAGCCGUGCUGGAGGCCGGCUUGCAGAAUCGUCGCGUCAACGCACAUGCGCUGAAUCGAGAAUCAUCGCGGACCCAUGCGCUGUUCACCCUGCAUAUCGACUCCGAGCAGGCGCCCGCGUUGGACUCUGGUGCCAUGGCACUGAAGCCUGCAGAGAUGGCAGCGAUCCUUCCUGGGGAGAUUCAGCUCCAGCUCGCAGGCGCAGCAGGCGCCAAAGGCGCAGACCGUGCGGGAACCUGUGCCAGCUACAGCGACCUCGACGUGAGUCAAACACCUAUCUCCCCUGUGGCGGAGAAAGAGAAAGAGGAUGAUGCAGUGAUCGGCCGCCCACGGAACGGGCAGAGCAACGACUACAGUGGUCUGGAAGAAAAGCGAGCGAAGGAAGGAGCCGGAGGCUGUAUGCCCUUCCGGGAGCGCUUCUGUCCUCUACACCUCGCGGUCCAGAAGGGCGAGGUAGAGAUGGUCAAGCUGCUGCUGGCUUCCGGGGCAGAUCCCACACAGCGCACGUCGCGCGGCCGCACAGCUUUGCAACUCGCCAAACGCCACGCUCGGCCAGUUCGUGAGGCAAUGGAAGAUCUGCUGAGCUGCCAGGGCAGGGUGUACAGCGUCCGCCAAGUGCUGGAAAUGUCGACUGACACAGGCGAUCCACCAACGGGAGCAUGGGUCGACCGCAGAUUAGCCCAUGUCGCCGAUCAUAGUUUGGACUGCCUCAGAGAGGGGACACAGGAACAUUUGCAAUACUAG